GUGGACAGUUGGUGCGGCCUGCAAAUGGAUCUAAUCAAUCAACUGGAAAAAGCUGCGCAGUUUUGUUGAUUUGUGGGGGAAAAAGGCUGGAGAGAGAGUCGUGUGUGUGUGUGUGUGUGUGUGUGUGUGUGUGUGUGUGUUGACGACGCGACCGGCUGAUUCGACGGAUGCACGCUGCAGAGAAGAGUCGACGCAGGCUGCAGAAGCUGUGGAGAAAGGCGGAUGCAGACUGCACUGCCCACAGCCUGGAGUGCUGUAGUCUUCUUCUUGGAGUCUUGGAGUCUUGGACGGCGAGCUGGAUGAUGCAGGCACAGGCGACAGGAGGGCGGUUUGAGUUGAUGAUGAUGAUGAUGGUGGUGGUAGUGGUGGUGAUGAUGAUACUCUCAGCGACGACGGCGACAGUCAGACCACAGACAAGAAGAUGCAGCAGCAGCAGCAGCAAGCAGCGCAAAAGAAAACGAGAAUUGCAAGGAUUGAUAUUAUGGCCAGCAAGAAAGAAGAAGCUGACGACGACGUUCAACUUGUCUUUCGCUCUCUCUCUAUCCUUUUUUUCUUCUUCUUCUCCUUCUCCGUCUUCUUCUCCUUUGCUUUCCUCUUCAGGGCCACCUUAUUACUUCUCUCUUACACACUAAUCAUAAACACUCUGGUUUAAACUCCACCACUGCACUGGAACUGACUGGACAGCAGCCAGUCUUGUCGUGAGCUCGGGUGCGCUGCUGGCUGGGGAGGCUGCUUGCUGCUCAAACUUAAGUUUGCCCCUAGUGUUGCUAUCAGCCGGGUAUCGCUGCUCUAUGUUGAUGAUGAUACUGUGGUAUCGCCAUAAUCUCUCACUAUCUAGUAGCUAUCUCUGUUCAACAUGUCCCUAUAAUUAUCCCUCUAUCUUCAUAGU